AUGGAGCCUAGUGAACAAGUCCUCAGUGAUCACGAUAUACAGGAAGAAAAUUUAUGGGACACUGUUGACCAAGAUGAUGAAGCUAUUGAGGAAUAUGCAUCUAACGAGCUGAUGGGAAAUUUAUUAUCGAAUAAACAUUUUCGUACAGCAAUCCUCACUGCAAUUUUGGCAAAUAGUUUGUUAAUUGUUGUUGAAACAAAUGAAGAUCUGGAGAGAGAAUACAAGCAUGUAUUUUCUGUUCUUGAUCAAACUCUAAUGACUGUGUUUGUGUGCGAAAUAUUGUUCAAAUGGUAUCAUGGAUUUUUCAUGUUUUGGAAAAUGGGAUGGAACAUUAUGGAUUUCUGUAUUGUCGGCGCAUUACUCCUUGGUCCAUUACUCACUGGUUCAGGAUCGGGCAGCCGAGGAGUGCUAAGAAUUUUACGAGUAUUGAGAGCAUUCCGAAGCUUGAGAAGUAUCAGCUCAUUACCAGGAUUACAAAUAGUCGUUCAAACAAUACUCCAGUCGAUUCCAGAUAUGGCAAAUAUUGUGUUAUUACUAGUAAUAAUAAUGUUGGUGUUCUCUGUGAUUGGUAUAACGUUGUUUCGUGAAACCAUGCCAGAAAAUUUCAAUAAUUUAUCCUCAGCAAUGUUUUCACUCUUUAUCUGUUUAACGUUGGAUGGUUGGAUUACGAUCAACGAAAAGUUCAGCGAGAGCGGAGGUACAACUUACAUUGGAGGUACACUUUACCUAAACUUGUUUAUCGCUAUUGGAGCAUUUGUGUUUGCAAAUUUGGUGGUCGCUGUUGUCGUAACAAAUCUUGAAUUUGCCAUGGUUGAUGUAAAGAAAGAAGAACAACAGGCUUAUGAACAUGAUGUUGUUGUCGGAAAACAAGAAAAUGAUAAAGAUAUAAACACUCCUAUCGUUAAAGUUGAUAACAUAUCACCAUUUGUUUUCUUCAAUCAAAAACCUUACCAACAGCCGGAAAUGGAUGAUAUAAACUUUCGUAUCAAAGACAUAGAAAAUAUAUUUAUCAUUCUUACUGCAAUUGAAGACAAUCUCGUUGAAUACUUGCGCAUGAAGAAUGAAAUCAUUGAGGUGUUUGGGUGCAUUUGUGACCUCCAUAAGAAAGCUCGGAUGGAAGGAUUGCUCAAAGAAGAAAAUCCAGAAACAGAUGACAACGGACAAGAUAAAAUACUCAAUCUUAAGGGAGAUAUUAUAUCAAAUCUUAUGGAAUUGGAAGAGAAUAAAAUGAUUAACUCAAAACGUCGAAGUUUAGAUAACUUGAUUCGUGGAGGAGCUUCUGCAUUAAGAGGAACCUUGAAUUAUCACAGCAUACCUGCCAGUGGAAUUCUUCCUGCAAAACCGAUUCCUCACUCACCAAACAAGUGAAUGGUUAACUGUGAACAUUCACCAUUUCAGUUUUGUUAACACAAUUUUAUGAACAUUCAUAUUUUAUUCCAUUUGAACAUUUGUUAAUUUUUGUUUGGUACAUAAAACCUGUUUCACAAGCAUAGCAAUUCUACCUUUCCUUGUUUGAGUAGUUCAGUAAAUAAUGAAAUUUUUCCUCACGGCUAACAUUAAAAAACUUGUUUAGCUGCGGUUAAACCUAUAGACGUCCAUUUCAUUUUUGCAUCAGUGCAACACUACAUUAAAUAACCAAAACAGAGCUUUAAAACGUUAUUUGUAAGGUUAUGGCUACCAACCACUUUUCUUAACCAAAUUAAAAAAAUCUCAAGCACGAAUACGAAAACAGCCUCUUGACAGAAAUAAAAGAAAAUUUCCUCUAAAACAUACUUUUUAUUUUUUUUGUUUCAAAACCAUGAAAUUCUAAAACGCCAUGCUAUGAUCUUCCAACAGUAGUUUUAUUUCAAUUUAUAGUAUAUUACACAUCAUAGUUUACAAUAAUACAAUAAUUUUUCACAUAAUAUACAAUGUUUUUUUAAACAA